AUGGAUUAUAAAAUUUUUUCAUGGAACUGUAGGGGAGCAGGGGGCAAGGGUUUUUUACAUGCUUUUCGUGAGUAUCGUAGGAAAUUUAAACCCCAAAUUGUGAUUAUUUUGGAACCUAGAAUCAGUGGGGACCGUGCUUUGAAAGUCAUUCGAGACAUGGGUUUCGAUAACGAACUUGUAGUUGAUGCAAUUGGGUUUUCUAGGGGAAUUUGGGUUAGUUGGAAUUCGAAUGACCUUACCAUCACUAGAAUUCACACUCACCAUCAGUGUCUCCAUAUGCAGGUACAGGGGCGGAUGCAGCAAGAUGUUGCAUGGCAGCUAUCGGCAGUUUAUGGUUGCCCUGCACCGGUUCAACGGCGUGAACUAUGGGACUUCUUACGGUCCAUUACUGAAGGGAUGACCCAGCCCUGGCUUUUGGUGGGCGAUUUCAACUCUAUCAUCAGCCCAUCUGAAAAGCUAUGGGGUGCCCCGUUUGAUGCAUCCCGAAUUCGUGAUUUCCAGGAUGUAAUUCAAGAUACUGAGCUGAUAGACUUGGGUUUCGUUGGCCCGGCUACACAUGGUUCAGGACGGGUCUCCGAGAAAGGCUUGAUCGGGGCAUGGCAAACAAUGCUUGGAUCUCAGCUUUUCCAGAAACAGUGGUUAGGCACCUGCCGCGCAUGA